AUGACCUACUUUGCGUUCAGGCAUCAACCUUUCAAAGCGUUAUAUGUGGUUUAUACAGCGAUAACCGUCCCUCUUAUUCGUGCUCCUUAUUGGUGCAUAUCAUCUCUGAUUCCGUACUUCAGACCAAGACGUACUUGGUCCUUCUCCCGCUCGAUAUUACUGUGCUGGCUUAAGACUUCCUACAACUUCUCCUUUGCUGUCGGCUUUCUACCAUUCCGAUCUCCACGGCAACGGCAAUCACUUAAUGUCCACCUAGGAGAAGUGUGGGUGGACGAAGUGCCGAAGGACCUGAUACGGGGGAAGGUGGCAGAGGCGGCGAUGAUCAAUCAGGUUUCUCCAGAGCCCAUCUCUGGGUACUGGUUCUCGAAAACCGGCGACGCGACGGACGUCGGACGACGAGCAUUACCUGACGAGAAGGUGCUCUAUUACUUCCACGGUGGCGGAUAUAUUUCUGGAUCUGUGUCUCCUAACUCGUUGUAUUCGGAAGCACCGAAGGGGAUGCUUGAGCAGUCCUUCCCAUCCAACGCGCGCGCCUUUGGACUUGAAUACCGUCUUACCAGAGCAGCUCCAUUUGAUCCUUACGCGCCAUUCCCUGCUGCCCUCCUCGAUGCGCUCUCUGGCUAUUACUACCUGGUAACAACUUUGGGAUUCGCUCCGAAAAACGUCAUCGUCAGUGGUGACUCGGCAGGGGGGCACUUGGCGGUAUCCCUUGUCCGCUACCUCUGCCUAGAAGACCUUACGGAACUCCCUCCUCCUGGAGGGCUCAUCCCUCUGCAUCCAACAGUGGAUUGGGCGCUGACGGACGCCCACAUUACCUCGUCAUCUAUGGAACGCAAUUACCAUACCGACUACGUUGAUCCCUUUGCGAGAUCCGGAUAUACAAAGCGCGGUCUGCUUGGCUCAUUGCCGGAAGAAUUCGCGUAUACCAGCCUGUGGAUAUCGCCUGCUUCACUUCGAAUUCAAGAGACCGGGUUGUUUCCGAACUUCCCCCCGACGCUGAUCAUUGCUGGCGGCGCUGAACAGACGCUGGAUGCGAUGCGCGUAUUGCACACUCGCCUAGUGGAGGAUAACGGCACAGAGAUUAUUACUUACAUCGAGUACCCGGAUGCCAUACAUGAUUUCAUGUGUUUCGCCUCACACGAGCCCGAGAGGUCAAAAGCACUGGAUCAUGAUAUUCGUACAUGGGUACACCUCGUAUACAAUUGCAACACACAGUAA